GCAAUGGCGGCGUCACCCCACGCCGGCGGCGACUACUUGCGGCUGUUCCGGGAGGAGACGGAGUGGUACAGCGAGAUGCUCCUCGGCGCGAUGUUGCCCGGCGACUGGUGGCGAGGGCUGCCGCAUCCGGUGCGGUCGUGGCUGCGCAACACCCUCGGCGUCUACCUCCUCUACUACGUCACCAGCUUCCUAUGGUGCUUCGUCAUCUACUACUGGAAGCGGCACGCCUACAAGAAUUCUAUCCCUUCAACGGAAGCUAUGAAGAAGCAAAUAAUUGUUGCAUCAAAGGCUAUGCCUUUCUACGCUCUUGUUCCAACUGGGUGUGAGUACAUGGCAGAGAGUGGAUGGACAUGGUGUUUCUUUCAUAUCAGUGAUGUUGGUUGGCCAAUGUAUCUUGUAUAUCUGGCUUUAUAUCUCAUCUUUUUGGAGUUUGGACUGUACUGGGUACACAGAAUGACGCAUGAAAUAAAGCCAAUAUACAAGCACCUGCAUUCAACCCACCACAUUUAUAACAAGGAAAGUACACUAUCACCAUUUGCGGGACUAGCAUUCGAUCCCGUGGAUGGGAUUCUGCAAGCACUACCACACGUGAUUGCUCCCUUACUUCUCCCAACACAUUUCAGGACUAGCAUUGUUAUUUUAUUCCUGGAGGGUGUCUGGACAACUAAUAUCCAUGAUUGCAUUCAUGGAAAUAUUUGGCCAGUGAUGGGUGCUGGUUAUCACACGAUUCACCAUACAACUUACCGACACAACUAUGGUCACUACACCAUCUUGAUGGAUUGGCUAUUUGGAACCGUAGGUGAGCCAGAAGAUAUCUUCAAGAAGGAUUGA